AUUAGUGGUAUAAAAGGAAGGCUGCUGGGCUUCUGGGGUAUUUGUGUUUUGUGGUUUUAUGAGUCAGCAGUGUCACGGUAGGCUCUAAGCCUUCCGUUAGUCAGUUUUGUCAUUAUGUGGGAUUGUAAAAGGCUCUGGUUACUCUUCAUUGCUUUACUAUAUUUAAAAGAUGUAAGGGCACUUGGAGUGUGGAGUAAAAAGCCUGCACAGGAUUGGUACAGUAUUGCUGCCCAGAUCCCUCAGGCUCAGCCUAAGGAACCUGCCUCCUUACAUGAUGGAGCCCAAAUUUCCACAGCCAUGAGGGAUGAAGGAUUUCAGAGCCAGGACAUUGUUUCAUAUGUACAAGCCACAUCUAAUCAGGAUGUUUCAAAUACUGCUCUUCAGAACAGCUAUGGGACUGCAUCAGUGACACUGCCAUCUGGUAACACUGUCUAUUCGUCCAUGUACCAGCAAAGACCACAGGUUCCCAGCACUUCCCAAACAAGUCAGUCUUGGAUGCAAAAUGCUAGCUCUUACAGUAGUUCUCAAAGCCCAUCUGUCUAUUGGCAGUCACCAAGCUCACUUUCCAGUCAAUAUCUUGGUUCACGAGGACCGCAAAAUGUAAACCAGGUGAGCUCUGCCUCAGGUUUAACCACAACCCAACAGGCUGCAUCAAGUAUUGUUUCAAGUGGUUCUACUUCUAGUACUUCAAGCUCUUCCAGUGGUUCUCAAAGCCCAUCUGUCUAUUGGCAGUCACCAAGCUCACUUUCCAGUCAAUAUCUUGGUUCACGAGGACCGCAAAAUGUAAACCAGGUGAGCUCUGCCUCAGGUUUAACCACAACCCAACAGGCUGCAUCAAGUAUUGUUUCAAGUGGUUCUACUUCUAGUACUUCAAGCUCUUCCAGUGGUUCUCAAAGCCCAUCUGUCUAUUGGCAGUCACCAAGCUCACUUUCCAGUCAAUAUCUUGGUUCACGAGGACCGCAAAAUGUAAACCAGGUGAGCUCUGCCUCAGGUUUAACCACAACCCAACAGGCUGCAUCAAGUAUUGUUUCAAGUGGUUCUACUUCUAGUACUUCAAGCUCUUCCAGUGGUUCUCAAAGCCCAUCUGUCUAUUGGCAGUCACCAAGCUCACUUUCCAGUCAAUAUCUUGGUUCACGAGGACCGCAAAAUGUAAACCAGGUGAGCUCUGCCUCAGGUUUAACCACAACCCAACAGGCUGCAUCAAGUAUUGUUUCAAGUGGUUCUACUUCUAGUACUUCAAGCUCUUCCAGUGGUUCUCAAAGCCCAUCUGUCUAUUGGCAGUCACCAAGCUCACUUUCCAGUCAAUAUCUUGGUUCACGAGGACCGCAAAAUGUAAACCAGGUGAGCUCUGCCUCAGGUUUAACCACAACCCAACAGGCUGCAUCAAGUAUUGUUUCAAGUGGUUCUACUUCUAGUACUUCAAGCUCUUCCAGUGGUUCUCAAAGCCCAUCUGUCUAUUGGCAGUCACCAAGCUCACUUUCCAGUCAAUAUCUUGGUUCACGAGGACCGCAAAAUGUAAACCAGGUGAGCUCUGCCUCAGGUUUAACCACAACCCAACAGGCUGCAUCAAGUAUUGUUUCAAGUGGUUCUACUUCUAGUACUUCAAGCUCUUCCAGUGGUUCUCAAAGCCCAUCUGUCUACUGGCCAUCACAAAGCUCAGGAAUAAACCAGCUGAGCUCUUCCCCAGGUUUAACUGUGACCCAACAGUCUAUGCCAAGUGUAGCUUCAAGUGGUUCUGCUUCUAGUACUUCAAGCUCUUCCAGUGGUUCUCAAAGCCCAUCUGCCUAUUGGCAGUCAGCAAGCUCACUUUCUAGUCAAUAUCUUGGUUCACAGGGACAACGUGUAAACCAGCUGACCUCUGUUCCAGGUUUAACUGUAAUCCAACCAGCCUUUCCAAGUCUAGUUUUAAGUGGUUCUACUUCAAGCUCCUACACUGGUUCUCAAGGCCAAGAUUCAACUGGCUAUGGGACAUUUCAAGUGCUUACUAGCCAGCAUGGAAGUUCCCAAACACCGCAAGGUACAAAUCAGAUGAGCUCUGCCCCAAGUUUAACUGUGACCCAACUGUCCAUGCCGAGUGUAGCUUCAAGUGGUUCUACUUCUAGUACUUCAAGCUCUUCCAGUGGUUCUCAAAGCCCAUCUGCCUACUGGCAGUCAGCAAGCUCACUUUCUAAAUAUUUUGGUUCACAGGGACAGCAAGGAAUAAAUCAGAUGAGCUCUGCCCCAGGUUUAACUGUAAUCCAGCCAGCCUCUGACAGUGCAGUGUCUAAUGGUUCUGCUACUAGUGUGCCAGGCUCCUACACUAGUUUCCAAAGCCCAUCUACUUACUGGCAGUCAGCAAGCUCACUUUCUAGUCAAUAUCUUGGUUCACAGGGACAACGUGUAAACCAGCUGACCCCUGUUCCAGGUUUAACUGUGAUCCAACCAGCCUCUCCAAGUCUAGUUUCAAGUGGUUCUUCAAGCUCCCCCACUGGUCCUCAAAGCCAAGUCUCAACUGGUUAUGGGACAUUUCAAGUGCUUGCUAGCCAACAUGGUGGCUUCCAAACACCGCAAGGUACAAAUCAGAUGAGCUCUGCCCCAAGUUUAACUUUGAUCCCCCUCUCCUCUGACACGGCCGUGACCAAUGGUUCUGCUGUUGGUACUUUAAGCUCCUAUGGUGGUUCUCAAAGCCAAGGCUCAACUGUUUAUGGGCUAUCUCAAGGGCUUCCCAGGAAACCUGGUAGACUCCAAAUGCAGCUAGGUAUAAACCAGAGAAACUCCACCCCAGUUUUAACCACAACCCAACAGGCUGCACCAAGUAUAGUUUCAAGUGGUUCUACUUCUAGUACUUCAAGCGCCUACAUGCCUUCUCAAAGCCAAAGCUCAACUGGCCAUGGGUUGUCUCAAUGGCUUGUGAACCGUUAUGGAAGUUUUGAAAUGUGGCCUGAACAAAACCAACAGGGCUCUGCUCCUGCUUUAACAAUGACCCAGCAGGUUGUUGAGAGUGGAAUGUCAAGUGGCUCUACUACCUCUGGUAUUUCUUCCAUUGGGUCUCAAAGCCCAUCUACAUCUUGGCUCUCAGGAAUUUCCAAGCCUACUGAUGGUACCCCGACACUGCAAGGCUUAAGCCAGCCAGCCUCUGUUGCUGUAGUGACCAAUGGUUCUACUGUCAGUGCUUCAGGCUCCUAUGGUGUUUUUCAUAUCCAAAGCCCACCUGCCUACUGGCAGUCACAAAGCUCACUGUCCAGUCAGUAUCUUGGCUCCCAGGGACUGCAAAGUGUAAACCAGCUGAGCUCUGCCCCAGGUUUAACUGUGACCCAACAGGCAGCACCAAGUGUAGUUUCAAGUGGCACUACCAGUACUUCAAGCUCCCCCACUGGUUUUCAGAGCCAAAGUACAUCUGGCUAUUGGUCAUCUCAAGAGCUUUCUAAUCACCAUGAUGGUUUGCAGACACAAGGCACACAACAGUUGAAUCAGCAGGCCUCAAGCACAUUGACCUCCAGCAGCCCUAAUGUGAGUACUUCCAACACCACAACUUCCAAUCUUGGCAUACAAAGCAAGAAUGUCCAGAAACCUCAGGCCUUCAAUCUUUGGAUGGGUCGGUACCCCUGUAAAAGUGACUCAUCCUCCAAUGCUUCAAAGCUUUCCUGAUUUAUCAAUGCUAAGUGUGGGCUUUUUUCUUUCCCCCUUGAAACCUUGCUUGCACUUCAAUGACCUUCUGCCCUGCUAAACUCUGGU